UGCCGGGUUUAACCGAAAAAAUCCAUUUCAUCCCCACCAAACCCUAAACCCUACAAAUCAAGAUUCUGUGAACUUCAAGAGCUUGGGAGAAGUCGCUUCAACUCUCCUGUCAGCGCAGAGGCGCAGAAUCCUGCUUUCUCGGUUUAUGUUGAGUUAGCAAAGCAGUUUCAGAAACUACCAUGGGCUAUGCACAACUAGUUAUUGGCCCUGCUGGCAGUGGAAAGUCAACUUACUGCUCGAGUUUGUAUCAAUACUGCGAAAAUGCUCAGCGUUCAAUACAUAUUGUGAAUCUGGAUCCUGCUGCAGAAAAUUUUGACUAUCCUGUAGCUAUGGAUAUUAGAGAACUUGUUUCUCUGGAAGAUGUGAUGGAGGAGCUUGGAUUGGGUCCCAAUGGUGGCUUGUUAUACUGCAUGGAACAUUUGGAAGAUAAUCUGGAUGACUGGUUGGAAGAAGAAUUGGAGCAUUAUAUGGAGGAUGACUAUCUAGUUUUUGAUUGUCCAGGCCAGAUAGAACUUUUCUCUCAUGUGCCAAUGCUUCGGAACUUUGUGGAUCAUUUGAAGCGUAAAAAUUUUAAUGUCUGUGCAGUGUACUUGCUUGAUUCGCAGUUCAUCACUGAUGUCACCAAGUUUAUAAGUGGGUGCAUGGCAUCUCUUUCUGCAAUGGUCCAACUUGAAUUACCCCAUGUUAAUAUCCUUUCUAAAAUGGACCUCGUGACAGACAAAAGAGAAAUUGAAAACUACUUGAAUCCAGAAUCUCAUGUUUUGUUGUCGGAGUUGAAUAAACGGAUGGCUCCCCAGUUUGCCAAGCUAAAUAAAGCUCUAAUUGAACUGGUGGAUGAGUAUAGCAUGGUUAGUUUUGUGCCACUUGACUUGAGGAAGCAGAGCAGUAUACGAUAUGUAUUGAAUCAAAUUGACAACUGCAUCCAGUUCGGAGAAGACGCAGAUGUGAAGGUUAAGGAUUUUGAUCCACGGGAGGAUGACUAAUCCCAUUAAUAGCACAAAAAUACUACCAAGGUUUCUUGUUGACUCUGUCAGUUGGGGUUAAAACUAUGUCUUAUGUAGAUAUAUCCUCAUAGCAUAAAAAAUUGGCAAGUUUUUAGCAUAUCCCGGGUGAAUAUCUAACUUGUACAUUGGGAUUAAAUCUUAACAAUCUGCUGUGACAAAUUAUCUGCAUGCAGAGUGUGGUAUGAAAAUUGUUGUCUGAAUUUGGUUGUAUAUAAUCUCUUUUAUGUUGAAAAAAUUUCAUUU